GAACUGGGAACCGCUCACCCCUACCUCAAAGUACCAAAUCUUAGGCAACUCAUUUCUCAUCAUUGAACUCUUCUAUUCUUGAUUCUUAUGGCUUCUUCUUCUUCCAAGCCCAGAGGGAAUUAUGAUGUCUUCAUGAGUUUUAGAGGGGUUAACGUCCGCAAUCAUUUCCUGGGUCAUCUCUACACAGCUCUAGACCAAAGAGGAAUAUACACUUACUGUGACAGUGAAGAACUAAGGAAGGGUGAGUCUAUAUCCCCCGCACUUAUUAAGGCGAUCAAGGAUGCGCAUAUCGCAAUUGUCAUUUUCUCUCAGGAUUACGCUUCCUCGAGAUGGUGUUUGGAAGAGCUAGCGAAUAUAAUGGAGUGGCAAGAGCGAGGAGAUCUCAUAGCCCUUCCAUUGUUUUACAAAGUGGAACCUAGAGAGGUGAGAACUCCAAGAAAGAAUUAUAGAAGAGCUAUGGCUAAGCAUGAGUACCGUUUUGGGAAGGAUUCAGAAGAAGUUCAAAGAUGGAAGAAGGCUCUCCUUGAUGCUGGUAGUUUGUCCGGUUGGCAUUAUCAAGAUGAUAGAUCUGAGGUGGACCUUGUAAAGAGUGUUGUGGAGGAGAUCUGUAGGCUCCUACAGCGAACAUCCUUACAUGUUGCUACGCAUCCUGUGGGGUUACGUCCCCAAGUGGUAAAGUUGGUACCAAUGUUAAAUCUCGAGUCUGAAGAUGUUCUCUUGAUAGGAUUUUGGGGAUACGGAGGGGUAGGAAAGACAACUUUAGCAAAAGCACUUUACAAUGCUAUAUUUAUGAAAUUUGAGAAUUCAUAUUUUCUGGGAAAUGUUAGAGAAGCUUCAAAAGAUUCCAAGGAUUUAGUUUCUUUGCAAAAGAAAUUGUUGUUUGGAUUACUAAGAAAAAAAUUUGGUGGAUUUAGCGUUGAUAGGGGUAUUACUUUAAUCAAAGAGAGACUUUGCCGCAAAAAAGUUCUCCUUGUUCUUGACGAUGUCAAUGACGUAAACUCCUUACGUGUUUUAGCUGGAGAGCGUGAGUGGUUUGGCAAAGGAAGCAGGAUCAUCAUUACUACAAGAGAUUAUCAUUUGCUUAUUGGCCAAGAGAUACAUAGAGAUCACAUCUAUGAAGUUAAAAAUCUAGAACAUCCUGAAGCUCUUGAACUUUUCAAGAAGCAUGCUUUUCUGAGAAACAACAAAAUAGUUAUAAGGAGGGAUCUUGUAGAUAGAGCUUUGGGUUAUGCUAAAGGACAUCCUUUAGCACUAGAAGUAUUGGGCUCUUUCCUACGUGGUAGAGGAGAAGAUAAGUGGAAAAGUGCAUUGAAACAACUUGCCAAAAGUCCUCCCAAAUCCAUCAAUGAUGUUCUUAAGUUAAGUUAUGAUGGACUAGAGAACUAUACGAAAGAAAUUUUCCUUGAUAUCGCUUGUUUCUUCAAGGGGCGAUCUACAAAGUACGUCAAGGAAGUACUUAACAGUUGCAACUUUAACACAACUAUUGGAAUACAAGUUCUUGUCGAGAAGGCCUUGAUAAUUGAAGAUGGAGAGAACCUACAAAUGCAUGACUUGAUACAAUCGAUGGGCAUGAAUAUUGUUAAUGAAGAAUGUCAUGAUGACCCUGGAAGGCGCAGCAGAUUAUGGCUUUAUGAUGAUGUUAACGAUGUUUUGUCAGGGGAUAUGGGAACAAAUGCAGUGAAAGCCAUAGUUUUGGAUUUACCCAAGACAAAAGCGAUAUACAUAGGUCACAAUGCUUUCAAAAACAUGAGAAGGUUGCGGGUGCUCAUCAUGAUUAAUGUGCAUAACUCUUUUCAAGGUCCUAUUUGUCUUCCUAAUGAACUAAGAUGCUUUGAAUGGCCUGAAUAUCCUUGGAUUCCAGAAUUUUUUUCUGGUCCAAAGAAGUUAGUUCAACUUGAUAUGCCCAAAAGCAACGUGCAAGUAGCGAGGGAGCAAUUUAAGGGGUUUGAACAAUUGAAGUUCAUUAACUUCAGUCAAUGCCGGUCACUGAUUUCUAUGCCGGACCUCAGUUAUACUCCACAUCUCAAGAAAUUGAAUCUCUCUUGGUGUGAAAACUUGGAGCGUGCUCACGAAUCAGUUGCAUAUCAUGACAAAUUAUCGUGGUUGAGUUUAGAAGGGUGCUCUAAAUUUCAUCAUCUCCCCAAUGUGCUCAAGUCCAAGAAUCUUCAACACCUCAAUCUCACUGGUUGCUCAAAUUUGCGAAGAUUCUCUCAUAUUCCAGAUGAAAUCAACUUGCAAGAACUUCUGUUAGGACAGACUUCAAUUAAGGAACUUCCUGAAUCCAUAAAAAAUCUGGUCUCUUUGGAGCAUAUGGAUUUAACGGCUUGCAAGGAACUGGCAAUCCUUCCAUCUGGCGUUUUCACAUUGCGAAAUCUUGAAACUUUGAUCCUUGCAUUUAGUAAAAUCAAGUUUCCCAAGGAGGAGGAUUCCAGUGAUCGUCAUACGAAGAGGGAAUUUCCUAAUUUACGGAGUUUAGACCUUACAGAAUGGAAUCCAUCUGGAGGGUUUCGGGAGAAUAGUUCCUGUUUUCCCAUCUUAACAUAUUUGAUUGUGUCGGGAAACAUUAUGACGACUAACCUUCCUACAUUCGCACGAAUAAAUAAUAUGCCCAGGUUGAAUUUUUCAAUUUGCCAACAUCUGCGAGAGAUCUUCAAGAUUCCAAGGCAAUCCGAUGUUGAUCCUGUUGACUUAUCUUCAUGUCAUAAACUAAUCCAUUACGGGUUCACCAUGAAUGACGUGUUCAAGCUUGAGCAAUUUCAUUCCAUAACCGAUUGCCAAUUUCUACAACCUGGAGCAGAGAUGCCAAAGUGGUUGAUCCCUAAUAAAGACGGUUAUAUAUCUUUCACGGCUUCAAAGGACUUGUACAAGAAGUUCCUAAGCUUAGCUUUCUGUGUUGUAUUUCGAAAUGAAAGAAAAGAGAAUGUCAAAUUUGAGCUUUUAGCACAUGUUAAUGGCGAAAAGACAAUGGAAGGCUCAACAACUUUCAAUUCAUUGGAUUUGGAUCAUGUGUGGCUUGAGUGUCGCAAGCCAAAGCUUAUAUGGGGAAGGGGUGCUUUUGGUCAAACUGACUGGGGUCAUUUCCAGUUUAGCAUUACAGCAUCAAGUGGUGCAAUUGUGAAAAAUUGUGGAUUCCGACUACUAUGCAAAUCACUAGAGAACGAUUUGGAUGUUUGGCUUCAAGAUGAUCAAUUGCUGGAUCCAGCUUUACUAUAUGAGAUUUGGCAUGAAGAUAGUCAAACGAGCAUGGAGGAAGAAAGUUCAAGUGAAACAGAAGACAUACUAGACAGUGAAACUAAACCAGAGCAGAGGAAUUUAGUCCGCAAAGGAUUGAACAUGGAUGACUUUUCAAUCCAGGUCUCUCUCUCUCUCUCUCUCUCUCUCUCUCUCUAUGUGCGUGUGUGUGCAUGCACUAGAAUGCAAAAGUGGAAUUCUAGACAAACAAACAAAUCUAAUAUAAAGUGAUUAUGCACAUAUGUGUAUUUGGUGUGGCUAGACACUUGCAAAUGGAAUGAUUUCUAUCGCAUGAGUAUCACAUAAAACGUAAGGAA